AUGGCCACACAACCAGCCAAUGCGAUGGCCACGCAACCAGCCAACUAUGUGGCCACGCAACCAGCCAACGCGGUGGCCCCGCAACCGGUGGAUGCGGUAGCUAUCCCACCGGUGAACAACCCGCACCCGGAUAGGGGCGCGAAUUGGUUAAAGGAUUUCAGGCGGUAUAACCCCCGUCCUUUUGUCGGUUCAAAGGAAGAUCCCACAGCGGCUCAGAUGUGGAUCGCAAACAUGGAAACGACCUUUGAAUCAAUGAGAUGCCCUGAUGAACAUAAGGUGACAUGUGCCACAUAUGUGUUACAAAAGGAUGCAGAAGUGUGGUGGUCGGAUAAUAAACAGAGCAUCAACCCGGGUGGGGGAAUUACAACAUGGGAGACCUUUAAGGAAGCCUUUCUAAAAUACUAUUAUCCAAAGGAAAUUCGUAUAAAGAAACAGCAAGAGUUUAACCUCUUAACCCAAGGUGAUCGCACGGUGGAUCAGUAUGAUCAGGACUUCAUGAGAUUAAGAAGAUUUGCACCGUCUUUAGCCGACACUGAAGAGAAACAGACAGAAAAAUUUGUGUUAGGAUUGAAUCCGAAAACCCGCCGCAUGUUAGAGGCCUUUAACCCAAAGACCUAUGAAGAGGCCCUAAGGACGGCCAAGGCCCUAGAGGAACCCCCAGAGGAAAAGAAAACAGAGCCAACAGUCGCCAUAGGGAGGAAACGCCCUGUCGAGGUCGAUACCAUAGAAUUCCAACCACCGUCCCAAAGGCCUCGAUAUCAGAGUAGGCCACCUGCUCCACCUCCAAUAGGCCGAUACCUAGCAAUGGAGAAGCCCCUGUGCCGUAACUGUGGAAAGCAACAUGUUGGGAGAUGUUUGGCGGGCUCAGGUAUGUGUUAUAUCUGUGGUCAUGCAGGUCAUGUGGCCAGAACUUGCCCUACAAAGAGCCCGGGAAUUCCAAGGGAACCCCUUAGAGGACCGGUCAUCCGAGAGCCCACCUUACAAACCAGUCCACAGACCAAGGCAUAUGUAACGACCAGUAAUGAGGCGGGAACAUCUGGCACCGUGGUGACAGGUACGCUUUCUAUACUAGGACACUUUGCGUUGACAUUGUUUGAUUCUGGUUCUACCCAUUCCUUUGUUGCUUCACCAUUUAUUAAACAAGCAGGGUUCGUAAUAGAACCCUUAAUGCAUGCGUUGUCGGUCGGUACCCCGGCAGGGGUAGACCUAGUUACGAAAGAUAGAGUAAGGGACGGACAAGUGGUAAUAGCUGGACAAACCAUCCACGUAGACUUAAAGGUAGUGGAUAUGACGGAUUUUGACGUCAUACUAGGAAUGGACUGGUUAGCAGAAAACUUUGCUACCAUAGACUGCCAUAAGAAGGAGGUGAUAUUCACACCUCCUAACGGACUUACCUUUAAGUUUAAAGGAACCUCCACAGGUACCACCCCAAAAAUAAUAUCGAUGAUGAAAGCGAGGCGCCUGAUACAACAAGGGGGGUGGGCGUUUCUAGCCUAUGCAGUAAAUACAAAAGGAAAGGAAAAACCCAUAGAUACAAUACCAGUAGUAAAUGAAUUUAUGGAUGUCUUUCCGGAGGACCUCCCGGGAAUUCCUCCAUCGCGAGAGGUAGACUUUGGAAUAGAUCUAGAACUAGGAACGGGACCCAUCUCUAAGGCCCCGUACCGCAUGGCACCAGCAGAACUAAAAGAGCUUAAAACACAACUGCAAGACCUACUAGAUAAGGACGACUCAAUGCGUUUAUGCAUUGGUUAUAGGGAAUUAAACAAGAGGACGGUAAAGAACAAAUACCCAUUACCCCGUAUUGAGGACCUAUUUGAUCAACUACGUGGGGCGACAGUGUUUUCUAAAAUAGAUCUUCGAUCAGGAUACCAUCAAAUUAAGAUUAAAAAUGAAGACAUACCGAAAACAGCCUUUCGAACCAGAUAUGGCCACUACGAGUUUGUGGUGAUGUCUUUUGGUCUCACCAAUGCCCCAGCGGUAUUUAUGGAACUAAUGAACCGAGUAUUUAAGGAGUGCCUAGACUUGUUUGUGAUCGUGUUCAUAGACGAUAUCCUGAUAUACUCGAAAACGGACCUAAAACACCAAGAACACCUUCGUAAAGCCUUAACUAUCCUAAGAGAGAACAAGCUGUAUGCCAAUUUCACCAAGUGUGAAUUUUGGAUAUGACAGGUUUCGUUUCUGGGGCACAUAGUGUCUAAAGACGGAAUCUUCGUAGAUCCCAAUAAGAUAGAGGCGGUCACGAAACGGAAACGCCCAACAACGGUCACCGAGAUACGAAGUUUCUUGGGAUUGGUGGGUUAUUAUCGAAGGUUUGUCUAGGACUUCGCUAGAAUAGCCACGCCUCUCACCCAAUUAACCAAAAAAGGUGUACCUUUUGUUUGGGACGAUACUUGUGAGGUCAGCUUUCAAGAACUAAAACAACGACUAGUAUCCGCCCCAGUGCUCACUGUUCCAGAAAGUUCUGUGGGAUACGCGAUUUAUAGUGACGCAUCCAAAAAGGGAUUAGGUUGUGUACUGAUGCAACAUGGCAAGGUUGUUGCGUAUGCGUCACACCAACUAAAAGAUUACGAGAAAAACUAUCCUACACAUGAUUUAGAGCUGGCAGCAGUAGUGUUCGCGUUAAAAAUUUGGCGACACUACCCGUAUGGCGAAAAGACCCAGAUCUACACGGACCACAAAAGCCUAAAAUAUUUGUUCACCCAAAAAGAAUUGAACAUGCGGCAACGUAGAUGGUUAGAGCUGGUAAAAGAUUAUGACAUAGACAUCCAGUACCACCCUGGAAAAGCAAACGUAGUCGCUGAUGCACUGAGUCGAAAAGUAGUACACUCGUCGGCCCUCAUCACCAGAGAGCCACGAGGGCGAACUGAUUUCGAACAGGCUGAUAUCGUGGUGGUAACCAAAGAAGUUGCCGCCCAAUUAGCCCGAAUGACAGUGCGCCCCACGCUCAGACAAAGAAUCAUAGACUCACAACGUGAGGAUCCAAGCCUAAGUAAAAUCCUAGACCAAUUGGAAGUUGGCCCAGUGGACGGAUUCACUAAAUCAACAGAUGACGGAUUAUUAUGCCAAGGGCGUUUAUGUGUCCCACCCCUGAGCGGAAUAAAGAAUGAAAUCCUAACGGAGGCACACAACUCAGCCUUCUCGAUACAUCCAGGUGGAACAAAGAUGUAUCAAGACUUGAAAAAACACUUCUGGUGGCGAAGUAUGAAGAAGGAUAUCGCGGAGUACGUGAGUAAGUGUCUAGUGUGCCAACAAGUAAAAGCCCCUAGGCAAAAAACCGCCGGGCUACUACAACCUCUAAGUAUACCAGAAUGGAAAUGGGAAAACAUUGCCAUGGAUUUCAUAGUAGGCUUACCCAAAACAUUAAAGGGCUAUACGGUAAUCUGGGUGGUCGUGGAUCGCCUGACAAAGUCGGCUCACUUCCUACUGGGUAAGGCAACAUAUACAGUAGACAAUUGGGCACAACUGUAUGUUAAAGAAAUUGUGAGGUUGCAUGGAGUACCAGUGUCAAUUGUGUCGGAUCGGGACCCACGUUUUAUGUCGGCCUUUUGGCGCUGUCUCCAAAGAGCGAUGGGGAGUUGGGACACCAAACUACACUUAAUGGAAUUCUCUUACAAUAACAGCUUCCAAGCAACCAUCGGAAUGGCACCCUUUGAGGCGUUGUAUGGAAAACGAUGUAGAUCCCCAUUGUGUUGGGACGAAGUAGGAGAACGAGAAUUGAUAGGACCCGAGCUGGUCCAUGUCACCAACGAAGCAAUCCAGAAAAUCCGAGUAAGAAUGCGUACCACGCAGAGUAGGCAAAAGAGCUACGCCGACGUUAGGCGUAGGAAUUUAGAGUUUGAAGAGGGGGACCCAGUGUUCCUAAAAUUAGCCCCCAUGAAAGAUAUCCAGUACCACCCUGGAAAAGCAAAUGUGGUUGUAGAUGCCUUGAGUAGGAAGACGGUCCACUCAUCGGCCCUCAUUACGAGGGAAGUAAGGGUACAAAGAGAGUUCGAGCGAGCCAACAUAGCUGUAGCGACCAAGGGAGUCAUAGCACAGCUGGCCCGACUCACUGUACAACCUACGCUUAGGCAAAGAAUUAUUGCCUCCCAACGAGAGGAUCCUAACCUACAGAAAGUCCUAGGACAGCUAGACAAAAGUCCAGUAGAUGGAUUCUCGAAGUCAUCAGAUGAAGGACUAUUGUAUCAGGGACGCUUAUGUGUUCCAGCAAUAGAAGAUUUAAGGAAGGAAAUACUGAUGGAAGCUCACAACUCACCAUUUGCGAUGCAUCCAGGAGGUACUAAGAUGUACCAAGAUUUAAAACAACACUUUUGGUGGAAGAGCAUGAAGAGGGAUGUGGCCGGGUUUGUGAGCAAGUGCUUAGUUUGUCAAGAAGUGAAAGCUCCAAGACAAAAGACGGCGGGGUUGUUGCAGCCCCUAAGCAUACCGGAGUGGAAGUGGGAAAACAUAGUGAUGGACUUCAUAGUAGGUUUACCCAAAACGCCCAAGGGCUAUACAGUGAUUUGGGUAGUUGUCGAUAGGUUGACCAAGUCGGCACACUUUCUACCUGGGAAGGUUACAUAUACAGUUGACAAUUGGGCACAACUGUACGUGAAAGAAAUAGUAAGACUACAUGGAGUCCUAGUGUCUAUAGUGUCGGAUCGGGAUCCACGCUUUACGUUAGCGUUUUGGCGCGGACUUCAAAAAGCACUAGGUACCCGCCUCGACUUUAGUACCGCCUUUCACCCCCAAGCAGAUGGACAAACAGAGCGUUUAAACCAAAUUCUAGAGGACAUGCUACGCGCUUGCGUACUAGAUUUUAAGGAAAGUUGGGAUUCCAAACUACACCUAAUGGAAUUCUCGUAUAACAACAGUUUCCAAGCAACUAUUGGAAUGGCACCGUUUGAGGCCCUGUACGGGAAACGGUGUAGGUCCCCACUGUGUUGGGACGAGGUAGGAGAGAAAGAAUUAGUAGGACCCGAGUUGGUUCGACUCACCAAUGAGGCUGUCCAGAUAAUUCGAGCGAGGAUGCGUACCGAUCAAAGUAGACAGAAAAGCUACGCCGAUGUAAGGCGUAAAAGCCUGGAGUUUGAGGUGGGGGACCCAAUAUUCCUCAAGGUGGCACCUAUGAAAGGUGUGUUAAGAUUCGGACAUAAGGGCAAGUUAAGUCCUAAAUUCAUUGGACCAUUCGAGAUCCUAGAGCGAGUUGGUCCGGUAGCGUAUAAGUUAGCCUUACCUCCAGCCCUCUCAGGAGUACAUGAUGUACUUCAUGUAGAGGUAAAAACCUUACGCAACAGGAGUAUUGCGUUCGUUAAGGUACUGUGGCGGAAUCACCACAGUGAGGAAGCCAUGUGGGAGCGUGAGGACGAGAUAAGAGAGAAAUACCCCGAGUUGGUACAAGAGUUUGAGACUUUCGAGGACGAAAGUUCUUUUUAGGGGUAGAUAAUGUAACGACCCG